GCGGCGACUUUGAGACGAAGUUUGGAGUCGGGAGUUGGGCUGAGUCCUGGGGGAGCAACCGCCGGCUCGCGGGACAGGGUCGUUGGAAGGCUGGGGCAAGCUCGCGGGCCGCGAGGGGGAAGUCGCCGCCGCCGCCACCGUCACCAUGGUGGGAACCGGGGGAUGGAGGAACUGAUCCCGCUGGUCAACAAGCUGCAGGACGCGUUCAGCUCCAUCGGACAGAGCUGCCACCUGGACCUGCCGCAGAUCGCCGUGGUGGGGGGCCAGAGCGCCGGCAAGAGCUCAGUGCUCGAGAACUUCGUAGGCCGGGAUUUCCUUCCUCGUGGAUCAGGAAUUGUUACCAGACGUCCCCUUAUUCUUCAGCUCAUCUUCUCAAAAACAGAGUAUGCAGAAUUUUUGCACUGUAAGUCCAAGAAGUUUACGGAUUUUGAUGAAGUUCGCCAAGAGAUUGAAGCAGAGACCGACAGGGUCACAGGGACCAAUAAAGGCAUUUCUCCUAUCCCCAUUAACUUAAGAGUUUAUUCACCACAUGUGUUGAAUCUAACCUUAAUUGAUCUUCCGGGCAUUACCAAGGUGCCUGUUGGUGACCAGCCUAUGGACAUUGAGUACCAGAUCAGGGAUAUGAUCCUACAGUUCAUUAGCAAAGAGAGCAGCUUGAUUCUUGCAGUCACUCCAGCCAACAUAGAUCUAGCAAAUUCAGAUGCCCUCAAGAUGGCUAAGGAAGUUGAUCCUCAAGGCUUACAGACAAUUGGUGUUAUAACCAAGCUUGACCUAAUGGAUGAAGGCACAGAUGCCAGAGAUGUGCUUGAGAACAAGUUGCUCCCCUUGAGAAGAGGUUAUAUUGGUGUGGUGAAUUGGAGCCAAAAGGACAUUGAUGGAAAGAAGGAUAUCCGAGCAGCCCUUGGGGCUGAGAGGAAAUUUUUCCUGUCUCACCCAGCUUAUCGACACAUAGCAGACCGAAUGGGUACCCCCCAUUUGCAGAAGACCCUUAACCAGCAACUGACCAAUCAUAUCCGAGAGUCUCUGCCUGCACUACGAAGUAAGCUCCAGAGCCAGCUGCUGUCCUUGGAGAAAGAGGUGGAAGAAUACAAGAAUUUUCGGCCUGAUGAUCCCACACGGAAAACCAAAGCCCUUCUGCAGAUGGUCCAGCAAUUUGGUGUGGACUCUGAAAAGAGAAUUGAAGGCUCAGGAGACCAGGUGGACACAUUGGAACUUUUUGGUGGUGCAAGGAUUAAUCGCAUCUUUCACAAGAGGUUUCCAUUUGAGCUUGUAAAGAUAGAAUUUGAUGAGAAAGACUUGAGACGAGAAAUUAGCUAUGCAAUUAAAAACAUCCAUGGAGUCAGGAUGGGGCUCUUCACCCCAGACUUGGCAUUCGAGGCCAUUGUGAAAAAGCAGGUGGUGAAGCUGAAAGAGCCUUGUCUGAAAUGUGUCGACCUGGUUAUUCAGGAGUUAAUCAAUACAGUUAGGCAGUGUACCAGUAAGCUUGGCUCCUAUCCCAGGUUACGAGAAGAAACAGAAAGAAUUGUCACCACUUACAUCAGGGAGCGAGAAGGAAGAACAAAGGACCAGAUCCUUCUUCUGAUCGACAUUGAGCUGUCAUACAUCAACACAAAUCAUGAGGACUUCAUUGGCUUUGCAAAUGCCCAGCAGAGGAGCACUCAGCUGAACAAGAAAAGAGCUGUUCCGAACCAGGUGAUUUGAAGGGGCUGGUUGACCAUCAACAAUAUCAGCCUGAUGAAAGGUGGUUCCAAGGAGUAUUGGUUUGUGCUCACUGCAGAGUCCUUGUCAUUGUACAAGGAUGAAGAGGAAAAAGAGAAGAAGUACAUGCUACCUUUGGAUAACCUCAAAAUUCGAGAUGUGGAAAAGGGCUUCAUGUCCAAUAAGCAUGUCUUUGCUAUCUUCAACACAGAACAGAGGAAUGUCUAUAAGGACCUACGACAAAUUGAGCUAGCCUGUGACUCACAGGAGGAUGUAGAUAGUUGGAAGGCCUCUUUCCUCUGAGUUGGGGUCUAUCCUGAGAAAGACCAGGCUGAGAAUGAGGAUGGGGCCCAGGAAAACACCUUCUCCAUGGACCCUCAACUGGAACGCCAGGUGGAAACCAUCCGAAACCUUGUUGACUCCUAUGUGGGGAUUAUCAAUAAGUCUAUCCGUGACCUCAUGCCAAAGACAAUCAUGCAUCUCAUGAUCAACAAUACCAAGGCCUUCAUCCACUCAGAGCUCCUGGCCUAUCUCUACUCUUCUGCGGACCAGAGUAGCCUAAUGGAAGAAUCUGCGGACCAGGCACAACGUCGAGAAGACAUGCUGCGCAUGUACCAUGCCCUGAAGGAGGCACUCAACAUCAUUGGAGACAUCAGCACCAGCACUGUGUCCACCCCUGUGCCCCCACCCGUGGAUGACACAUGGCUCCAGAGUUCCAGCAGUGACAGUCCCACACCUCAGCAUCGACCUCCUGCCAGCGUGCCGCCUCCUGGGAGGCCCCCUGCAGUCAGGGGGCCUACACCAGGGCCACCUCUGAUCCCUGUGCCUGUAGGGGUUGCUGCCUCCUUUGUGGCUCCCCCUAUCCCUUCUCGGCCUGGACCUCAGAAUGUCUUCACUAACAACAAUCCCUUUUCAGCCCCACCUCAGAUCCCAUCUCGGCCAGCACGCAUUCCCCCUGGUAUCCCUCCUGGUGUGCCCAGCAGAAGAUCCCCUGCCGCACCGAACCGGCCAACCAUUAUCCGCCUGGCCAAACCAUCAUUGCUAGAUUAA